CACUUAAAAGAGCCGGCUCAAUGAACCGACUCGUUCUGAACCGACACAUCACUACGCUUUACGGUCGGAGCUCGUUCUUACAGCACCUCAUCGAGAUAUCUCUUAUUCUGUUGUGAAUCUUUCCAGAGACUGAAGAUGAUCGAGGUGGUUUGCAAUGAUCGCCUGGGCAAGAAAGUCCGGGUCAAGUGCAACUCUGAGGACACCAUUGGAGAUCUAAAGAAGCUCAUUGCUGCCCAGACAGGAACACGAUUUGACAAGAUUGUAUUAAAGAAAUGGUAUACCAUAUUCAAGGACCACGUGUCUCUGGGUGACUAUGAAAUCCAUGAUGGGAUGAACCUGGAGCUGUACUACCAGUAGACCAGAGGAGGACCAAAAGUUAAUGCCACACAGAUGACCUUCUUCCUCGUUACACACAAGGCCUAUGGAAAGGAGGCUUGGUCACGGGCGGACAUGGGUCUUGGGGUAUAACACAUUCGCAGUGUAACUGAAGCUGCGGUCGUGCGUUGCGAUUGGCUCAAUUUCAGUGAGUGCAGACCAGAUUUCACUGCGCAUGUGUUAUAGCCCCGAAGAUAUGACGCGUUGAUGACGCGUGACCCAGCCUCCUUUCCAUUGUUCUUGGUUACACACACACACACACACACACACACACACACACACACACAUACACAGAUGGGAUCGUUCGCAGGAAACCACCAUGAUCAGACGACACAACUAAAAGAGAGAAGGAGCAGAAAACACACAGACAUAGAUCUCAGUUUUAGCAUAUGAUUUUUUAUUUUUUUCCCCCACUAAUUGUGUGAAAGACAUGUUGUUGUUGUUGUUCUACAGUUUUUGUUUUGAUAUUUUGGAAAUAAAGCAGAUAUUUACCUACUCACAAGGCUG